GAAGCUUCGUCACUCAUGCUUCUGCCGGCCUUGACAAGCCUUGACAGGAACCACUUCAUUCUCAGACCUUUCGCCCUCUCGCUUCUUGAGCGCCUUCCCUUCGCUGUUGACCGGCCCCUCAUCCAUCUUUUUCACCAUUUGCAUUUUUGGUGUUGCUUGGCUGGCGAUGAUUUACUGACAUCGCGGUUUUUGGUCCUUUGCUCGACAUCUCGAAGUCGCGCCGACCGCACUACCAAGCGACUCCAUCAGAACGACCGCGAAAAAUGUUUUCUUCGGCGCUGCAGGAAGGCGGGCCUGCCAAAGGUACACGGAGCAGCCGCCGCCGACAGCGCACCUCCGAACCAUCCUCCCAGCAGCAGCCAAAAGCGAAGCGCCAGAGGGUACCCCCAGCUGAGACGUCGUCUGCCAAUCCGGAUCCGCAGCCCGAUAUGUACGAAGUCAAGCCUGACAAGAUUGAUCUGCAUGCGACCAAACGGGACGGUGUCGAGACUGUUGCUCCGCCGCGUAAGGAGCUCAGCGUGCGAUCCAAGAAACCCAAACCAGGCGAGAGGAGCACCAAGGGUGACGGAAGCAUUGUCCUAACAACAAACAAUGCGUUUACGGUGAGCAAGUUGCCGGCGCUACCAGACAGACUCCGGGCAGACGCGCAAAAUCGGCAGCAUGGCGUUGUCGACUCGACUACCGGCUACGCUUUGAGCCUCACCCACACCCACGCCUUCGUCUGGCCCUAUACCUCGACAACUUCAUCACCCGAAACCUUUAUAUUCACCCUCCCGUAUCCUUCGAAGCAUGCUUCCGACCCUCUCCCACUCGGAUCCCUUGUUACCCCAUCAACCUCUUCAGAUGAACCAGGCUUGGUGAUCGUCAUGCCUAUGAGCGGCAAAGUUGCCUAUUGGGAGUCGAUUUCUAGCGCAGCCACGCUCGACUUCAUCCGCCAACAACGGAGCGGUGUCGAAGAUUCAAUAUCCGGGAUGUAUUCAGGCGAGCAUGUCACGCAGAUCGUGAACGCCGGGUCGGCCGGAUUUGUGUUGGUUUUCAGCAGUGGACGGUUGGCAUACUUGAGCGUGAGGGACGCACACGGACGACCUGGAAUCACAGUCCAGUUCCUCCGGAGCGGCCUGGGCGGGAGCGCAUUGGGUUUUUUCGGAACCAUCCGUCACGCCCUUAGCUCAGCAGCCUUCCGCGGUCAGAUUGCUGCCGCCCGGACUAGCCCUGGUUCCAAGGUCGGGGAGAGGGUGGUGGUCGCGGCGACGUCCAAGGGACGGUUGCACUCUUGGAAGAUCCACCGCGGCGGCCAUCACGAACUUCUAUCCGACUCCGAUAUCCGAGACAGAUUGGUCGAGGCCAUCCACGAAGCGGACCCAUCCGUCAGCAACUUCCCUCAGGACUCGUUCGAGGUGCUCGACUUCACUCUGGUUCCAAGGGGCCUAGAGCAAAAAUACGUCAAUGCCAGCCGAUUGAGCGAAGCUUUGACUCAUGAAGAAGAGUCUUUGCAACAUGCUUUGCUUCUUGCUUCGUUUUCAAGACAGCAUCGGUCUCGGUACUCGCUGGUUGAGGUGAUUUUAACGCCCCAAGGCCCCCGAAUCGGCAUGGUCCGGCCGGUGGUCUCAUACACCAGCUCUGUCAGAUCUGGGGCCCCAGAGAGACCUCGCAUCUACCUACCGCGGCCUGGUCUUAUCGCCUUCCUUGUCUUCGAUAGGGCGGUCGUAGUUGCCUCUAUGAUUGCGCCGCCGGACUCUCCCGACGCGCAGUUGCAAGAGGAUAACCACAUCUUACCGCACUCCUUCGAGGACGUGGUAGACUUCAGAGAUGAGGAGAAGCUUCAGGUUGUCGGUUCUGGUGUCGAGGAGCCCAGUGGGAAUGGGCACCCUCAAGACGACUUGCGGCCGCAUCGUCACCGAACCAAAAAUCCCACGGUAGUGCUCCUUCUUCAAGGAGUUGGGACCGUUAGGAUUGCGGUCUCCGACAUCGACCGUUUUGCUAGCGACACACCGCCGGAGGUCACUGCGAAAAGCAAGCUGGAGCAGGCGGUGUUCUUUGGAGUCAAAGAUGACAACCCGCUAGUGUUUCAGGGCAGGAGAGAUCUUCCCUUCUCCAGCCAGGAAAUUGGAAACGCGGCCAUCGAAUUGAGCCACGAAAUUGUGGGCUCAAAGACACCUUUUAUCGCGAAUCUGCCGGCCUCCCUCGAGAACAACAUGAAGAGCAGGGUCGUCUACCUAGAUGGUCUGAUUGCCUACCUGAACUCGCUCAAGAUAGACCUGGACAUUCGCACCCGGUGGAUGCUGCUGUACAAUGCCGAGAAAAUGGCAGUUGCGACCUGGAUAUGGCAGAAGCAUGAACAAUUUCUUGCGGAACGCCCCAAGGGAGAGAAGAAGACACUGAUCUCCGAGACAGCGGUCUAUAUCAACGAGCAGCAGAAGACGGAGCUCAACCCGGCCGUCGGUCAGGUGGAUCCCGUGCGUCACUGGUUUAUUAACGACGUAUGGAGACUGGAUAUCUUCGUCGCUUGGGCUUACCAGAUCAUCAAAUAUCACUUCACCGAGCGGCUAGCGGAUGAGGCCGGCAUCAACCGGUUAGUAUGGGAGGCCGUUACGGUGAACAACGGAGCUCUCUUUGAGGCCCGUCAGUUCCGGCUCAACAGAGCGAGGCAAUACGGCGUCGACCCAAGCGACAUCGCAGGCGGCAAUGCUAUUCCUGAACCCUGGACAGCGACCUAUUUCAUCACGAAUAACCUCAAGCGACUGGUCGAGUUCUGUUACCAAUGGCUUGAUAGGUACUCGACACAAACUCCCGAUGACGCGCCGAUCGACACCCGCCUCCUCGAUUCCAUCCGCCAUCUCCUACCUUCGUUAACGAGCCAGUACCUCACGUCCCUCGCCGAGUUCUCCAGCUGGGCCGCGUUAAGCGACGAUGCACAGGCCCAGGAGCGGGGCAAAACCUACCAGCAGAUCUUCCAAGAAGAUGUGUACACGAAGAUCCUGAGGCUAAAGGACUUCAACUUGUGGGAAGAAGCCAUUGACCUUGCAAAAGAGUACAAGGCAUUCGACUCGCUUGCGGAGGUAGUGGUGCAGCAAAUCUUGUCCUUGGAGCAACGCGCGGCUGAGCCAGGCACCACCGAGAGUGCGGCACAAGAAAGCCUCGCUCUUGCCAAGCUCAAGAAGCAGAAGAUGGGCCGUAUGUUUGAUGAGUACGAGGAGAGUUUUGCGUUUCGCGCAUACGAGGUUCUUCUCGAGAGCAGCGGAGUCCAGGCGGUGCUGGAUUUUCCUUACGACAGGAACGGCUACGCGACCAAAUUUCUCCGGACGAAGCCAGAAUUGGCCAAAAUCUCGUGGAUCAACGAUGUGGAGAGAGAGAAAGACAUCGACCACGCUGCCGAGACGCUGCUAGACCUGGGCCUCACCCGCGAACAGCAGGUUUGGAACAAGAAGAUUGAGCUCAGUUUGGGCAAGCUGGCCUUGCUCGCCGAAGAAGCUGAACAAGCCGUCAACGGUGACGGACUCAGCAGCGCCCCCUCUGAGAAUGAGGGGAGAAAUGGCGUAAGCCUCGAGAAGGUUGAGAACGCGCUCGAACUCAUCAAGAUCCAGGACGCUCUCUACAGUCAGAUCCUGCCUACGAUCCAGGAGGGUGUCGAUGAGUCGGCGGAGGUGGAGUUGGCCGUAAAGGAACAUGGAAUUCUGAUCCCAAAGAGGCAGAAGGCGCUUCAUCAUAUCUUCGAUGAUGCUAUGGCACGUCUCCUCAGGCACGAGGCUCUGCAGCCACAUACACUCAUCGAUCUGCUCACCUUGGCGUCCCUUCCCUCUAGCCAUUACGACACUAUCGGCGACCAGUUCUAUCUUGCCCUUAAGGUUGCCCAGUACGGCCUGAAGGGCGAAGAGCGCGCCGAUGCCGAGCGGCUGAUCUGGCGGCGGUGCUUUGCACGUGAUGACUGGAAGCGCGUCAACGAGACAAACGAGAAGGGGGAUCUCGAUCAGCUGGCCACUGUGGGCGAGACGGCCGCCUACCACACCCUAUUCGCCGUCGUCGACGAGCGUAAGUCUUUCCAACUCCGCAGUCCAUACCUUCUAAAGCAUAGCCACCUUCUAACCCCUUCCGCGCAUGACAGAACAUUCCAACCCGGAGUUCCGCCCGUUUGUCAAGCCGUCUGAAGCGCUCGGCGUCUUUACCGACAAGCUUGACCGCCGCUUCGACGCCAUGGAUGACGGUUUCCGUGCCAAGCUGCUCGAUGCCAUGCGCUGGGAGGACAAGCAGCUGCGCACGGCCAUUGAGAAGUCGCAGCUUGACGCGUGGUACAGGACGACAAGGGAGUGCGCCGAGAAGACGGUUGCCGUCAC